CUUUGGCCUCGUACUUAAAACAUCCCUCCAACCAUUUGAUAGUGUAAAGAAGCUAAAAGCUAUAAGCAAUAAGCAAAAGUGCUUCUUCAACCAGCCAUGUCAAGCAGAAGAUCAUCAUCAUCAUCAUCAAGAACUUCUAAACCCUCAGAUGAUGAGAUUAAGGAGCUCAUCUCAAAAUUACAACCUCUUCUUCCUCAGCUUCAUCAUACGCGUAAUGCUCCGGUAUCGGCAUCGAGCAUUUUGGAAGAAACUUGCAGUUACAUAAAGAGGCUGCAUAGGGAGGUGGAAGAUCUGAGCCAAAGAAUAUCUCAACUCCUGGAUUCUGCAGACAUCUCUGAUGUUGAUGAAGAGCUUAUUAGAAGACUUUUGCAGCAUUAAUAAUCUCUCUCUCUCUCUCUCUCUCUCUCCCUGGGCUUGCAAUUUUAAUUACAUGAAAUAAGUUUUGGUUGGACUA